CCCCUUUCCCUUUUGGGGUUCAUACCUAAACAACCGGAAACGUUGAUGUCGCUUGGAAACUGACAGCAGUUACGUUGGCAGACGUAAAAGUUUUGUCAAUAGAUUUUUUUUCACCACAUUUGUGCCUGCUACAGACUAAGAUAUCUCUUACUCCCGAACAUGUCUGUGGUGACGUACGAAAAACCACUGCCACACAUCGGGCUCGCCGACUGGUUUGCCAAGCAAUGGGAAAUCCAGCAGACGAACGACGCACGUCGAACCGACGCUUUCAACUUACGCCACGAAUCCCGACAGUUGAGAAACGAGACGAACAUCAAAACAAAUUGGGAUACUUACCAUAACAAUGUGCGAUUGGCCGAUCGAGUGACCGAAUUGGAUCGGUGGAAGGACCUUUUGGAGGCUGCUCUACAGAGGAUCGAUAAGGAAACAAGCCUUUUAAAAGAUGAGAAGUUUGAAACCGAAAAAGAGAUUGACGCCCUUGGCAUACCAAUCGGUGUAAUAUCUGAGUGUAUCUCAAUGAGAGACAACCGGCAAGGUGCUGAGCUGACUUACGAUGAAGGAGAUACUGAACUGAAGAAGGAACUUUGUGUAGUCGAAAGCGUGAAAAAGAUGCUUAGCGAGCGCUGCCAAGAAGCAUGGGAGAAGAUCAAUAAGCUCAACGAGGUGCGGUUCAAACUAAACUUGGAUAUCAACGAUAAACACGAGGCGAUCGAGAUCGAUAAGGAUCAACUGACUUUGGAUAAAAACUGUGCCAAUAUAAGCUUUAAAACCGAUCCAUUAAGGAUCGUGAAGAAUUCUCUUCCGUACGAGUCCUGGUUAGAGCACAGCCGUUACGUGAAACUGUUGGCCGACGAUGAGUUGGCGGACACUCUACGUCUGCGCGAGGCCCUUUUCGUGGUGCGCGAGCGUGCAAAAAACGACAUGCUCGCGCAACGGGAUCGCGUCGACUUUAUCCUGCGCAAGCGGAUCUACCAAACGCAAAAGGCGCGCAACGAAAUCGAGUGGCAGCAGUUGAAGAUGCGCGAGGAAAUGGAAAAGGUCGCCAAGGAAAUACGCACCCUCGAAGAUGCUCUACAGGCCAAAACCGAUGCGUUGAAACUAGCAGAGACCAGACUGGAAAAUCGGUCAUAUCGUCCAGGUUUUGAGCUAGCUAGAGACGAAGCUGAGCAAGGUCUAAAAGACGAGGUCCUGCAGCUUAGACAAACGAGAAAAGACCUCCUGGACAAGAUCAAUUGCGCCAAAGCGACUUAUAACGCGUUGGAGGAUCAGCAAGUGAUGAUCGAUCGCGAAUUGGAAAACAAGAACCAGUCAUUGAUGACUGACAUUAGGUGCUUGGAUCUCAGAGCCAGACUGAGGGAAGGCAAGUUCGCCGGUCCAGAAACUCAAACCGAUCGGAAUAUCGAACUGACACAAAUGUCCAAGGAAAUUCCACCGACGUGAUAUGUCUUUGGUUUUUCGAAUAACAUUUGUAUACUGCAAAAUUUUCAAUAAACUUUUAGGCACC